UGCGAUUAACGAUACUUCUGUAAUUAGUUUGGAAUCGAUGCUAUGUUGGUUAUGACAGGGGCGCUGCCAGAUCGCUCAAUUGAGAUUCUCCCAUCUCAAUAUUGCUACUCCAGAAGUGUCAUUGUUUGUUUUGGUUGUUGAAGAAAUAGGAACAAAAAAAAUGGAAAAAGUUGAGGCGAUCGUUGUGCCCAACAUUGACGCUUACAGGCGGCUGUUAAGUAAGGCCAUUUCACAGCUGUUAAUAGAUAAGGGAGCCGUGUUAGCUAGCCACCAGUGCCUGGAGACUCUCACUCAAAUGUUGCAGGCAUUGUUUGUGGAAAUCGGCAAUUCGUCGCACCACUUUUGCGAGCUAAGUGGCCGAACAAUUCCCACCGUAGGCGAUGUCGGCUUGGCGCUCAUCAGCAUGGGCCUUAACGUAACCACCCUGGAUACGUACAUAAGACGAGAAACCCAUGUCCCAAUACCACUGCCACCACAACAAACACAACAGCGGCAAUUGAAUUUGUUGCAGGCGGGUAGCAAAGCAGUGCAUCCGCCAUAUGUUCCCGGCUACUUUCCUCCCAUGCCCGAUCCACAUGCCUAUAUACGGACACCGACACACAAACAGCCAGUAACUGAAUAUGAGGCCAUUAGGGAGAAGGCCGCCUGCCAGAAACGCGACAUCGAGAAAGCGCUGACGAAGUUUUUGUGCAAGACCAUCGACACGAAUAACCUCUUUCCCACAGAAGACAAUAUGUUUCCACUAAUUGCGUGUAAGCCCGCCUUCCCACCAUUUGUCGCUGCCUUAAAUCCAACCGAUCAGGUGUUCGACUUUGAAGAAUUGGAGUAUCAUUACUUGGUGGCGAAUCGAACCGAGGAUGUGACAACGAAAGAUGAUGGCGAAGAUGGUGACAGCGAAAACGAUGACCUUGAUGCGGACAAAUCAAAGGAAGAGAAGCCCGAACUUGAGAUUAAGCCCAAUUCGACGACAAAUAAAGCUAUAUUAGAAAACCCCAAUAUUGACAAUCCAUAUCUCCGUGCAGCUACGUUGCCGAAGCGCCCUAAAUUAUUCAGUGGAGUAACCGCCAACAUGUUAUCCACACGUACAAUGGUUUCGACGCCAACUCCCUCAACUUUAGAAAUUACUAAAACUUCUGCAUGAUAUUUAAAUAGAGUUUUAAUUAGUGCAAUAA